GCCGAGAUCCUCAGACAGAGCAGGCAGCUGAGUCCUCCACACCUCCUUCGCUUCUUCUUCAUCAGCUGAUCCAGCAGCUGUGAUCCGGAUCUGCAGAGAGAGGGGGGAUGGGGGGGGCACACUGAUGUGAACCACACCUCUUCAGACUGGUCGUUAUUGUGAAACAACUGUUCUGUUGGAGCGGACAUGCCGGUUCAGGUCCCGGACGACUCGGACUUCUCCUCGUUCAAAGAGCAGUGUCUGAGCGCGGACGGAUGGACGAGCUGCUACAGUAAGGGGGGGGUAACGGUGUGGUGCCGAGAGGAGGAGAGCAGGACCGUCCAGAAACUCAAGAUGAGGAUCGUGUGUAAGGACGUGCCGGCAGAGACGCUGUACGACGUCCUCCAUGACACCAGCUACCGCAGGAAGUGGGACACCAACAUGAUCGACACGUAUGACAUCGGCAGACUGACCGUGAACGCAGACGUCGGAUAUUAUUCCUGGAAAUGUCCGAGUCCUCUGAAGAACAGAGACUUUGUGACAAUGAGAUCUUGGCUUCCUCUGGGCAACGACUUCCUGAUCAUCAACUACUCUGUCAAACACCCGCAACACCCUCCUAAGAAGGACUACGUCCGCGCUGUGUCCCUGCUCACUGGAUACCUGAUCCAGUCCAACGGAGCCAACUGCUCCACCCUGUACUACCUGACCCAGGUGGACCCCAGAGGUGAGGGGGCAACACUGACCUUUACCACUGUCUUUAAACGCAGCACACACACCCUCAUCUUCACCAGUCAGUCACCUGGGUCUCUACCAAAGUGGGUGGUGAACAGAGUCUCUCAGUUUGUGGCUCCAAAGGCGAUGAGGAAGAUCUACAAGGCGUCUCUGAAGUAUCCGGACUGGAAGAAGAAGCACAACCCGACCCUGAAGCCAUGGAUGUUUCCGGAGCAGAACACGCUGCCAUGCAUCAGCGCGUUGGAGCUGACGCUGCAGCGAGCCGACUCCCUGGAGAACAUCGACGAGAGUGGCGUGAGCGAGGAGAGGACGCACCACAGCGACGACGAAGACACUUAGACACGCAAACUGAUGUCUCUCUGCUUUAUGUUUGUGUGUGUUUGGAAAUUCACAAGAAAUUCACACUGAUCAGACCAGGACCAGCCCGCACCUGAACUGGUCCUGAUCGUUGGUUUCAAUGGUUUCAAUUGUUCCAAUGGUUCUGCUGGAUCCAGUGGUUCUAACCAACCAGCAGCUUUAAAAUCAGUUCUUCAUGUGGUUUUCAGAGUCCGGCCCUGAUCUGGUCUGAUCUGGGGUCAGCUUCCUGCCUGCUGUAGCGUUUAGCUGCUAACAUCAGAUGCUAACAGUUGUAGGGGGUGGGGAGUGAGUGUCACAUGAUCCAAAGAUGUUGAUUAUCCAAACAUAUUACAGCAUGUUGCAGCAAUAAAUAAAUAACUUCUGUCAUGUGACAAAAUUUAUAAAGAGACUCUAAUUCCAUUGAUGAUGAUAACAACUGGUCAUGUGACACAACUUUCCACUCUUAAGUGUUCUUCCCCAAUCCCCUCAACCCCUGACCUCCUGAACCCUGACCUCCUGACCCACUCAACUCCUAACCCUUGACCUCUGACCCCUGACCUCCUGACCCCUGACCUCUGAUCAGGUCCCUGUGGCAGCAGUUAUUUGGUUCUCUGAGUGAAAGAAAUCAUAAUAUUUGUUGUUGAAUAUCAGCUGAUGAUGUUUGAAUAAAAGUGUGAAAUGUU